AGCAUGGCGAUGUGGUUGUUGCUGUUAGUAGCGGUAGCAUCGCUACUGUAUUAUUCCGUUAGGCGUCGCUAUAGCUACUGGAAAGAUAAAGGCAUUCCCCAGCUGGACCCAUCCCUACCGCUCGGUAACAUGAACGGUGUCGGAACGAAACGGAGCAUCAACGAUAUGCUCGAUGAAGUGUAUCGCCGAUUUCGUGGACAAUCACCGGUCGCUGGGGUAUACUUUCUUAUCAGCCCUGUACUGAUCGUGACAGAUGUGGACCUAGCCAGGAGGAUGAUGGUGAAAGACUUUAACAGCUUCCACGACCGCGGUAUGUACGUGAACGAGCGGGAUGAUCCACUGUCCGGACAUUUGUUCUCGAUCGGUGGCGAACGGUGGCGCUAUCUGCGCAACAAGCUCAGCCCCACGUUCACCUCCGGCAAGAUCAAGCAGAUGUUCGUGACGAUACGCGAGAUCGGAGAUGAGUUUCUUGCAUCGUUCGACAAGUAUAUCGAUCGGGAUGAACCGUUCGACAUUAAGUUACUGUGUCAAUGUUUUACGUGCGAUGUGGUAGGCUCGUGCGCCUUUGGGUUACAGUGCAACUCGCUGAAAAACGAGGGCUCCAAAUUGCUUGUAAUCGGCGAGAAAGUGUUCCGGCCUAGUCCGUUGGGUAUGGUGUACUCGAUGGCGAUUGGAAUUUUUCCCCGUCUUUCGAGAGCACUCCGUUUGCCGGCGCUUCCUCGCGAAGUGUCGUCGUUCUUUAGGCCGAUCGUACGUUCUACAGUAGAACACAGGGAACGGAACGCGAUAGAACGGCCCGAUUUCCUCAAUCUGUUGAUACAACUCAAGAACAAGGGCACGGUCGAGGAUGACGCAUCGGAAGGGUUGGAAAAGCUAACGCUGGACGAGGUGGCCGCACAGGCGUUUUUAUUUUUCUUCGCCGGGUUCGAAACUUCCUCGACGACACUUUCGUUCGCACUGUUCCUACUGGCUAAGCAUCAGGAGGUGCAGGAACGAUGUCGGAAGGAGAUUAUGCAAGCGUUAGCCCGCCACGAUGGGCUUAUUACGUACGAUGCGCUGAAAGAGAUGACGUACCUCGAUCAGAUCAUUAAUGAAACGCUUCGCUUGUACACACCCGCUGGACAGCUGUUUCGUGUUGCGAACGAGCCGUACCAUCUACCAACCUUGAAUGUAACGCUGGAAAAAGGGACAAUGGUACUGAUUCCGGUUCAAGCGUUUCAUCAUGAUCCAGAAAUAUUUCCCGACCCAGAUCGCUUCGAUCCGGAUCGGUUUGCACCGGAAACGAUCAACAGUGAUCAAAGUCACGCAUUUUUGCCUUUUGGGGACGGCCCUAGAAAUUGCAUCGGUAUGCGAUUUGGAUUGUUGGAGGUGAAAUUUGGAGUUGUACGAGUGUUGAGCAAACUGCGGUUCAGUGUUGAUCCGCGAACAACACUUCCGUUGAAGUUGUCAAAUAGCUCUGGAUUCCCAGAAGCCAAAGGAGGUAUCUGGUUGAAAGCAUCACGCCUGUAA